UGCAACGGGCAGGCGAGCCCCCCGAGCUCUGGGUGGCGGGUGUACUUGUGUGGGUCCCCGGAGUGGGCCAGCCGUGGCACCAGAUGUCCCCAGAGGCUGUGCGGGGUCGGGCCUGCAGUGGGGCCCCAAGGUCUCGGGCGGCCCCUCCCAGCCGGGCCCGGCUCCCCUGUUAUACCUGCGCGAGGCCCGCCCUGUGCUGGGGCCUGGGCCGGAGCCCAGCUGGCACGGAGCCCUUCGCGAACCCCCAUCUUCCAGGCCGGCUUUCCUGACCCUUCACGGGAACGAGGCAGUAGAGUCCCCGAGCACCCUGGCUGUCCGAGCUGUCGUGCGGAGCAGUGUCUCCCCCAGUUUCCUGAAGCCCACGGGCACCAGAUCGAGGUCUGGGGAGCUCUUGAUUCUGAUGCCCUUUGGUUGAUUUUGGACUUGAAACCCUUGUCCUUGUCACUACUGUGGGCACUUUUACCGCCCCCCAGUACAGGAGGAAUGGCGACCUGCAAAAGCCCACAGAAGCUGGAGUGCCUGAUCCAGUUGGUGAGAGCCGGGGCCACGCUGGACGUUUCCACGACGCGCUAUGCACAGACCCCUGCCCACAUCGCUGCUUUCGGGGGACACCCCCGGUGCCUCCUCUGGCUGAUCCAAGCCGGGGCCAGCGUUAACAAACCGGACUGUGAGGGCGAGACCCCCAUUCACAAGGCGGCUCGCUCCGGGAGCCUGGACUGCAUCAGUGCCCUGGUGGCCAACGGGGCCCACAUCGAUUCACAAUGGGCCAGAUUGUUAAUUCUUCAUAUUACGUGCUAUAAUGUGAACCUUUCCUUUUCCUGUGAAGGGACCGAAAGCUGUCUCCUAUCAGUAUUUUGUCACACUUGGUGCCUGAGGAACGCCAGUGGCCUGACAGCAGCAGACAUUGCUCAAACCCAGGGUUUCCAAGAGUGCACCCAGUUUCUCUUGAACCUGCAGAACUGUCACCUGAGCCGUUUCUAUGAUAACGGCCCCAUAAACGGGGGCCAUCAGAGCCGAUUCCCUAAUCAUACUAGUGCGGGAGCCAGUCGCAAGAGAUGUUUGGAAGAUCCAGAGCCCUUUGGAGUGAAGAAGGCUCGAACUGAAGCUCGGAGCUCGGGUCCCUGCACGCCGCUGGGGAACAGCGACGCGGACGAUGAAGCUGACAAAAUGCUGGUCGACAGAGAGCUCACGGCUGUCACAGGUGGGAGUGGACAGUUCCCUGUUAGCUGCGGCAGCAGCCCCAUGGUGGAAGACAGCAGACAGCAGGAGGGUAGUUCUGUCGGACCCAGAGAAAUAGAAGUAUACACGGUCUCAGCGAUGCAGACGCCUUGCCGCUGCAGGAGCCAGUAUAUGAAAACCAGUAGCCCCGCGCCGGAUACACUGACACAUGGAUGUGUCAUCAGUGGACAUUUGGACUUCCCCUCCACGACACAGCUCAAUGGGACGGAGAGCGGGAGUGACCAGAGCUUUUCAGGAGCUAAUGGUGUUAGCAGUGGCAUAGUUCAAGGACGGCCUUUUCCGAGUAGCCAGGGUCCGCUUUGUGUCCAUGGGACCGAGGAGCCAGAAAAGACCAUGAGCGCUAACGCCGAGAUGUGCGGCUCUCUGCACCUGAACGGGAGCCCGAGCAGCUGCGUGGCUAACAGACCUUCCUGGGUGGGGGGCGUUGAGGAGAACCUGCACUACGGGCACUACCACGGGUUUGGGGACACCGCUGAAAGCAUCCCCGAGCUCAGUAGCCUGGCAGAGCACCCCAGCUCCGUGAAGGGGGCAGAGAGGCCCGGUGGUGCCGACCUGGGGGCCAUGCACCUGUACCACGGCUCGUAGAGACUGGCAGCCUGACGUGUGGACGCGCCCAUGCCUCCCUAGUAGCCGACCGUGAAUACUCACAUAGCGCCCACUUGAGGGAAUGUCACGACUUGUACUGUUUUUGUAUACUUCGACUUUCUGACAAAGUCAGCUUGUAUUUGAGAAGUUCCUCGUGAGUCCUGUUGUAUGCAUGAGGACGGCUGACUUAGCCCCCAGGUGUUUCCUCCACGGGUUGGCGGGCCUCUUCCCAAGUCUAAUUUCUCGGCUGCCAGCCUCGGUGUUUUCCUUUGAGCGCCGUCACCGUAGAAUGCCGUCCUUCCAGACUCCUGGUCCACAGUCCUCUUGGAAAGCUUGCUUCUGCUCUAACCUCUAGACUCUAUGACAGAAGACGGCUCGUUCCCUAUGCAAAGUACAGCCUUACAAAGAUUUCUUGAAAAAAAGAACAUUUGUCUUUUUCAAAGUCUUUUCAUUGAAGCUUUGCAACUUGCCGUGUGGUGGGUUUUCUUCCGGGCACGCGUGGUGGUUUGGGGGCGGAAGCGGCCCCUUUGUCAACAACGUAGCUCCCUGCCCCGCGUUUCACUGGAAACACCUGCAGUCCGGGACUGACUGCGGCCCUGUCGUGGUUUUAUCCCACAUUUCUUGCUUUGUCUCUACGGUUUGUACCACAGAUAACGGUUUCCUUUAUAUGUAGUAGAAAUUACUAUUUGUAGGAAAUGUCAGGUCAGGAUAUUUAUAACUGACUAUUUUGACUUAUAUUUUCUUUUUUCUUGGUUUUUUUGGGGGGGAGGGGAGUGGUUUCUGCUUUAAAAUGUAUACCACUAUGUAUAUCCCAUCUACUGAGAGAAUUUUGGAUCUCUCUUAAUAAAAGUGCACUACGUUUAUGGUUUUAUAGAAAUUAGCUUUUGUUUAAGCAGCUAGUGGUCACACUGUGCAAAUAUUGUAAUGAAUUUUUACUUUUCUGAUUUUUGUAAUGAAAAUUGGUGAAGUUAGAGAAAAUGUCCAUUGAACAAGCCAAUGUCCUAAGAGUGUUACUAACAUCUUGUUUUUAAACUGUGCUUUACAGAUUGAAUAAAAAACUCUCACUUGA